AUGGUGAUCAAGACCGAGACGUGCUCGUUCAGCGAGAGCCGCAUCUACCCCGGCCACGGCUCGCGCUACAUUCGUCGCGAUGGCUCGGCUUACGUGUUCAUUAACUCGAAGAGCAAGUCGCUCUUCUUGCAGCGUAAGAAGGCCACCAAGAUCGUGUGGACGUUGGGCUGGCGUCGCAUGAACAAGAAGCUCAAGGUCGAAGACGUCGCUCGCCGUCGUGCUCGCAAGACCACGAAGAUCCAGCGUGCUAUCGUGGGUGUUUCGGCUGAAGACAUUCACAAGAAGCGCAACCAGAAGCCGGAAGUCCGUGCUGCCGCUCGUGCUGCCCUGAAGGAAGCUAAGGAGCGCAGCAAAGCCAAGAAGGCGGUCACCAAGGCUGAGCGUGCAAAGAAGGGCCCUAGCGGCAGCAAUGCCGCCCCGCGUGCGCAGAAGAAGUCGGGCAACCGUGGUGCCAUUUAG